AGACCGAGAUUCAAAUUCCGCGCGAGUUUGAGCCAGAUAUCGAAACCGACGCAAUUCCCACCAUUGCUCGUCAGCCCGCCGACCCAAACACUACCUGGAACGAGACUGGUUUGGAUCAAAUUCAAAUGGGACCAACCAUCAAUAGUACAAAAAAUUAAAUCAAGAUGGGAAACGAACAAAGCUCGUCAACAGCGGGCACAUCAUCUAAUCCUCAAAAUCAACAGUCGUCUUUUUCAUUUCUCACUCGAGCCAGUACUAAACGAUCAAAAGGCAUUAUCACGGUCAAAGAUGGCAAUAUUCCUCAAGAAAAACUCGAAGAUGAUGAAAUUUACAAAAGAUUCACCGAAAUUCCCCGUUUUUUGCCGGUGAUUCCAGCCGUAAUAGGCAAACGAGAUCCACAAACGAAUCAAGGAGCUUCUUACACUCAUCAAAAAAUCAGUUCGCGGCCCUUUUUUCGACUAGCAACACGAUUACAAGAACAUUUUGCCGUUAAUGCGAAAGCAGUGGCAGCAGAUCAAGCUAAAAUUCCAGCAACUUGCAAGAGUGUUGAAGCGAAAAUGAUCAGACUUAUUGAAGAAACAAGAGCUCAUAAAGAACAACAUGACGGUUUUAUGGCUGCAUUGAGCGGACUUAAUCAAUUGCACGAUGACAUCUGUAGUAUUCAGAUAAUUCUUGAAGAUAUUGUGCCAAUGGUUGAAACGCUUAAUGAAAUUCUAACUCCCGACGAACGUCUUCCUCCUCUUAAUCUUGGCUCAGUGCUCGACAGAUCUCCCGUUCCAAGCAGUGAUAGCUCACUUCAAAGUACGCCCCGCCAUAAUCAAAAUAUUGGUCAUAUUGAUCAAAUUGAGCCGAUUGAAGAAAUCCGCGUAGUUGAUCUACCAAAAUAAUUAAUUUGUAAAUUUUUAUUCUCUUCUUGAAUCUGUUGCCCUAUCGCCCUUCCCAAAAAGUCUUGAAGGCUUUAUCUCACUUUCUUCUCGCAAUAUCAAAAUUCCAUUGCCGUUUUGUGAUUUUUUAUUUAGUUCAUGCACAUAUUUAUCCGUCAAUCCUAUUUUGAUUUCUAAAUUUAUCAUAAAUUCUAGUAUUUUUCGCAAAU